AUGAAGCUUUCUCAAUUCAAAGUUCUCCUUUUUGACGUGUAUGGCACUCUGGUCGAUUGGGAAACUGGUAUCAGUGCAGCACUCCAGCCGAUCCUGGCGGGAACCUCUUUGGAAUCCAAGCCAGCCGCACUACGCGCAUUUGAAGGCAUCGAGGCAGACCUGCAAGUUCGCUAUCCCGAAAUGCGCUACAGCGAGCUGCUCGCGCGUGUACAUGCCGAGAUGGAGACGCGCUUGCGCGGGGGCGCAGAGCUUCCUGAGCCCGCUGGCGAGGGUGGGAGUACGCAGGCAACAGUCGAGACGAGCUCCACGACCGUCGGCAGCACCGACGUCGGCACCUCCGCUUCCGCCGCCGCCGCCGUGCAAGAGCAGCCGGACGCGCACACUGCGUUCGGGCAGAGCAUAGCAGCCUGGCCUAUCUUCCCGGACACGAUCCCCGCGCUGGCGUACCUCAGCACACGCUACGCACUGACAGUCCUGUCGAACGUCGAUCGCGCGUCGUUCGCGGCGACUCAGCGCGCGCUGGAGGGUCCGCCCAGCGCCCAGAGGUUCACGUUCCGCGCGGUGUACACUGCGGAGGACGCGGGCGCGUACAAGCCUGACCCGAAGGCGCGCGCGUAUGCGCUGCGCCGGAUUGAGGAGGAGCUUGGGGUACGGAGUGAUGAGGUGCUUGUGGUGGCGAACAGUGUGUUCCAUGACGUUGCGCCUUCGCGCAAGAUAGGCCUGGCGACGGCGUGGAUUCAGCGUGCCGGGUCUGUGGUUGGGCAGGAUGAAAUAGAGGGUGGAAAGGCGACUUUCAAGUUUUGGACGUUGGGAGAGAUGGCUGAUGCUGUUAAGAGGGAGGUAGGACAGGCGUGA